AUGCCUAAGGAGAGAAAAGAAAGGUCCUUGUCACAAGAUUGUAGUAGAACAUCACCUUAUCCAAGCAGCUCAAGUCGUGUUAGAAGAUCUACAUCUAAAACUCCUUUAGAGUCCGAAGAAAAUAUAAAAGAAUGGGAAGAAGCUAGGUGUCCAGUCUGCAUGGAGCACCCUCACAAUGCAGUUCUCCUCAUAUGUUCAUCCCACGAGAAGGGAUGCCGCCCAUACAUGUGCAACACUAGCUAUCGCCACUCAAACUGUCUGGAUCAGUUCUGCAAGUCAUUUGCAGAGCCCUCGCCACCAACCAUUCCUCUGGUAGAAAGUGAAAUUUCAAACUCUGACUCACCUCAAGAUCAACCUCAAGACAGCACUGAAGCUCAUAUUGUUGAUGUACAAGAAGAAACCAGCGAGGGAUUUGUUACAAUGCAAUCCUUGUCCUGUGAAGACGAGACAAAAUCAAAGCUAGUAUGCCCUUUGUGUAGAGGACAAAUAAAAGAGUGGAAGGUAAUGGAUGGGGCUCGUCAUUUCAUGAAUGAAAAAUCCAGGAGUUGUUCUUGCGAGAGUUGCAACUUUACUGGUACAUAUACAGAUCUCAGAAAGCAUGCAAGAGUUGAUCAUCCUCUUGAGCGCCCAUCUGCGGUAGACCCAGAGCGUCAGCGUAACUGGAGAAGGUUGGAGCGGCAGAGGGAUCUUGGUGACCUGCUUAGCACACUUCAAAAUUCCUUUGGGGAAAACAGGGUUGAUGAUGGCCUCGGGCUCGCUCCCAUAGAUGAUGGUGGUUUGCUAGCUGUAUUCUUCCUCAUUCUUCAACCUUCAUCUGUAUCUAGAGGUACAACAGGAACUAGACUUCAAAUGAGGAUUAGGAGACCUUCGAGACUGUGGGGGGAAAAUUACGAGGCAGAAUCUGGAUCUGCUACUAGAGAUAGAGAUGAUACAACAAAUGAGUCUUCCGAUGGAGGCUCAGAUAAUAGGAGGCGCCGUGUUAGAAGACGGGUUCAAACACCUGACAGACAACCAUAA